AUGCAGGAAGUGCGGAAAAACGCACUCUGGGAGUGCUCAAUGAAGACCAUUCUAUGUUUCCGUUGUGGGCAAACGGGACACUUUGCUAAUGAUUGUAAGGCUGGCCCUAAGUGUUACAAAUGUGGGGGUUUUGGGCACAUAUCCAGAGAAUGCAAGGGCAAAAAGGGUGAGGGGUCAAGCCAGGGUCCUGCUGAGGACAAGAAAGAGGAUGUGAAACCGAAGGCAAAUGCACGGGCCUUUACAAUGACUAGGGCUGAGGCGAAGACUGAUCCGAAUGUUGUUUCAGGUACAUUCCUUGUUAAUGAUGUUCCUGCUUCUGUGUUAUUUGACUCUGGGGCCAGUAGGAGUUUUGUGGCCCAUUCCUUUUGUGGUAAAUUGCCUAGAAUGCCUAGGAAGAUUGAGGAACCAUUUUGUGUUGAAACUGUUGUGGGUCGACCUACUAGUGUGACCGAUGCUUUAGAUGAUUGUUUUAUUGAUUUGGAAGGUCAUAGGUUCCCUGCUAGUCUGUUUAUCAUUACGUUGGGUGGUUUUGAUGUGGUAUUGAGAAUGGAUUAG